AUGUACGACGGUUCCUUGCUACCACCUGAAAUAGCAGGAAUUUUUGAUCGUUUUUCAAAAGACGAACUUCAUCAAAUAGGUCGUACGCUUAUAGAACAAACACAAAAUUAUGUCGACAAGCAACAAGAUACACGUGCAUCUCAUCUUUUUCGUCCUCCUCUCCAUACACAUACCACGUCUCGUCCAACACAGCAAAGUAAUCUAUCCAUUCCUCCUCCUAUGAAUCAUCAGCAACGUUAUAAUCAUCAAGCUAGUUCAAUAGUACAUCCUUUGAUGGACCAACAGGGGCCCCCCAUAGAUAUCUCAACGCCAAAUCCAAGACGUCCGGCUGGUGACAGUUUCGACUAUAGUGGUGACAAGAAUCGUAAUAACGUAAAACGGUUUAGAAAUAUUGAACAAUCGCCAAGUGUACAACAACAACAUCAGCCUCAUCAGCCAUCGUAUCGUCGCUUUAACAUCAACACAUUGAAACGUGCAGUAGCUAGCAAUCUACCCAGCUUCUUUAUUACAUUCGAUCUUUCAUCUAGUUCUGUCAAAUCCAUAUCAAAUACUCAAGUAGCAAUAUUAUUAAAGAAAGUUCUUGCUGAUAAUACAUGUUCAAUAAAGGAACUAUCAAUGUGCAUGCAAGCCGGUACAAAUCGUUUUAAAUUUGCUGUAAACAACAAAGCUGAUUUUUUAAAAAUGUUCAACUUUAAUUGGCCAAAUGAAAUUGAAGAUUACAAGGUGGAGGUGAUUAGACCCAGGUCUCUGCCCGAAUGUUUUUCAUUGGUGGUCAGAUAUAUUCCGGUAACGAUUACGGAAGAAUUAGCAAAGGUGGAAAUAAUGAAAGCUAUACCAACAGCUGUAGCGUUUUCAACAAUAAAAUACCAACGUCAACGUCCUACUUAUGAUAUUAGAUUUAGUGUUCCAAAUAUUGACCACUAUGAUACAGCUAUAGAGCUUGGUCGAAUUGCUAUAGGCCACCACUAUUUACCACUCACACAUUUUUAUAUGGGAUAUCGUUUAACUUAUUGUACUGCUUGUUGGAAAAUUGAUCACAGCAGAAAUCAAUGUCAAGCACCGGUUUGUUGCCGUAAAUGUUUAGAACCAUAUGAAAGCGAAGUAAAACAUAUUUGUUCCGAAAAUAAUUUACAAUGUGCCCAAUGUGGUGAAGCUCAUUUCUCAUUAGAUCCGGCUUGUCCGAUAAUACAAAAUUAUAAAAGUGAAUUGAAACGGGCUGUGGAUGAUGCUCUAAUGAAAGGAACAAUUAAAAGAACAGCUCCAGGUGAAACUUCUGAACAAUUUAAUCGACAAGGUGACGAUUUUCCAGUGUUAAUAGCAAAUGAAGGUGGUGGUCCAGGAUGGCAUCCAGCUCCUACUAGUACAUCUCAACUCAACCAAUCUCAACUCAAUUUUAUUAAGGAGGUAAUUGAACUAGGUAAAUUAAUUAAAUCUCUUACAGAUUCGAUGAACCGUAUUGAAUCAAAGAUCGCUAUGAUCGAUAAACGAAUCGAAUUGGUUGAAAAUCGUAGUACGCUACAUAGUAAUAGCAUUGCUACUAUCAUUGAUUCGAUACAGAUUCUCAAUAAAUGGGUUCUAGCGGAACAGAAGGAAAAAGCUAAAUUUAAGAUUAAGAUUGGAAAUAUAACCGACGAACUCCACAUUUGGAGACGGAAAAUUAAAGAAGAUGGGAGGGAAGAAUGUUCUGUUUCAACAUCACCUCACCAGUCAAUAGCAACAGCACCGGCCAAUAAUAUAAACAACAAAAAUAAUGGUGAGACGGAACUGAAGAAAAAUCAGUCCACGUCUGCACCCAACGAUGGUAAAUAA